GUGUGCCGCCCCCGCCCGCCGGAGCUCACCGCGGACCGCGCGGAGACCACGGCCCUCCUGGCCCCGGUGGCCCGGAGGCUGACGUCGCCGCCCUGGAGCGCGGACGAGCCCGUGGCGGAGCAGGCGGCGACCGCGCGCGAGCCGGAGCAGCCGCAGCCCGCGGGGGGCAGCGGUGCCCGGGGCGGCACCCCCGACGUCGCCUCCACCAAGGCCAGCGGCUGCUCGCAGAGCGUGUGCUCGCAGCCCUCCUGCUGCUCGGAGGCCCCCACGGCGGCCAGCCGGAGCCCCCGCCAGCGCCCGGCGAAGGGGGCCCGCGAGGCGGACGCGCCCAACGGCGGCCAGCGGCGAGAUCCACAACGCCACUGCCUGCCGUCGGCCGCCCGCUGCUUCGCCUGGCUGCCCGGCAGCUGCGGCGGGCCGUCGCGCCUCUUCCAGCCCGGCCGGGAGGCGCAGCCGCGGGCGCGCUACAGCCUGGAGCUCCUGGAGGGCGUCGGGCUGCUCGGGCGCGGCAGCUUCGGCUCCGUGGCGCUCGUGCGGUGCGGUGGCACGGGCCAGCUGCUGGCGCUGAAGGCCAUCUCCAAGGCGAUGCUCACGAGACGGCGCCUGGAGCGCUACCCCAGGAGCGAGAAGCUGGCCAUGCAGAGGUGUUGCAGCCCCUUCGUUGUCCAGCUGGUGGCGACCUUCAGCAGGCGGGUCGCCGAGGAGGAGGGCGAGGAGGAGCGACGACGCAGCCUGCCGCCCCCGACGGAGGUACGCCUCCGAGCCCCACGCCCGCUUCUACACCGCCUGCGUGCUGCUCGGCCUGGAGCACUUGCACGGCCAGCGCAUCCUCUACCGCGACCUCCGCAUGGAAAACGUGGUGCUCAGCUCGCGGGGCUACGGCAAGCUGUGCGACCUGGGCAUGGCGCUGCCCGUCUGGUCCAGCACGGCCCGCGCCUUCACGGUGUGCGGCACGCCAGACGGACAUGGCGCCGGAGGUGGCCUCCCGCAGCGGCUACACGUGCACGGCGGACUGGUGGUCCCUCGGCGUGCUGCUGCACGAGCUGCUCACUGGGAGGACCCCCUUCGCGGCCGGGAGCCCCGCCGAGGUCUUCAAGAAGGCGAGGGCUGGCGUGGACGCGCUGGGCCUCCCGGGCGCCCUGCCAUGGGCCGACCUGGUGCGGGGGCUGUGCAAGCAGGAGCACCCACGGCACGUCUGCCGGCGCUCCGGGGUGGCAUCAAGAACGUCCAGGUGCACCCGUGGUUCGGGUGCAGCGACUUCGACUGGCCCGCGGUCGGGGCACGCACCAUGGCCGCGCCCUUCGUCCCUGCGGCCCUGCAGGGGCUCCAGGACCGAUUGCUCCGGCGGGAGCUGUCCUGAGGGAGCCAGUGCGCACAGGCACGCCAGAGCCGCGCCCAGCAGUCCACGGCCGCGUGGGAGCGCGGGUUCGAGGCCACGGUGGGGCCCAUCCUUUCGCCGUCGGCGAUCUGAGCAGCGAGGCACCGGGGCGCCCCGAGGCGCCCGCGGUGUGA